AUGGGUUGCGCUCUCUCAGGUUUGGGUUUGGCGCAAAGAAAAGCUGGAGACGCUGUUACUGAAGAGGAUUCUGUAGAGCAUCUCACCACUGAGCAAAUCCACAUGAUUAAAGAGUCGUGGAAAGUUAUUCAGGAGGACAUAGCUAAAGUUGGAAUCAUCGUGUUUGUCAGGUUAUUCGAGACUCAUCCAGAGUGCAAAGAUGUCUUCUUCCUGUUCCGUGACGUAGCGGACCUGGAGAGGUUACGUACCAGCAAGGAGCUACGAGCCCAUGGCCUCAGAGUGAUGUCUUUUAUUGAGAAAAGUGUAGCCAGACUUGAUCAGUUGGAGCGGUUGGACUCUCUGGCUGUGGAGCUUGGAAGAAGCCAUUACCGUUAUAAUGCACCUCCCAAAUACUACGGGUAUGUUGGAGCCGAGUUCAUAUGUGCAGUUCGACCCAUCCUGAAAGAUAAAUGGACUGCUGAACUAGAGGCGGCAUGGAAGACUCUAUUCCAGUACGUAACUCGGCUGAUGCAGCAGGGCUACGCGAUGGAAGAGGAGGCUAAACGAAACGCUACACUCGGCUCUACCAGAGAGCAACCGGACAAGAGGAACACUGUACUUUAAAAACAUCAGCUUUAGAAUCACUUUCCACAUGAUGUAGUUGUGUAUAUAAUGUAUUUAUUUCUUCCAACUGA